AUGGUUCAUCGCCUUAACCCCAUCUUAUUGAGCAGGUACGUUAGUAUCAACUCCCUGCCCCCUCCACCCAUCUCGCAUUCCCCCUCCUCACCUUUUUGUCUCUUCUGACUUUAUGUGUCAAAGAGUUCCGAGCCGUUUGAUACCAACCAACAUGCCAUUUGGUGAUGGCCGCGUGUUCCGCAUCUGUAAUGUAGUCUCACGCGUCGACUACCUUGGGUUGUUAUGCCUGAUGCAUCUAUUCUAGAUCAAUGCCUAACACCGCCCUGCGUAUUUAAAUUCCUCAUUCGACUUAUAUGAUGAAUGCUCGCCGUUUUGCAGGUUGUGCGCACCGCCAAUACUGAUAAAAUUUAUCUUAGUCCGUAGCCGUUGCUACUAGGUCAGUGAGCAUGAUGGUAAGAGCUUAUCAGCAAGGUGUUGAUAAAAGGGAAUUGUGCUAGUGAUUGCUAGCAUGCUAUGAGUUGUCCAGUAAAUUGAAACAAAACGUAUAGUGAAGUCAAUUUGGCAAACACGUGUUUUCGAUAACUCUUCAUCAGGCCAAAACGGUUGCAUAGAAGUUUAAAUUAUGCGAAGUUUCAGGGCUUAUAAGUGAUUCAGGGAUUAUUAACACCCAUCAUUCCCACGCCACUCGCAUGACGAGGCGUGCUAUGGCAUGGUCGGCGUUUCGUGGUCAUUGGGUCAAGGGGGCAAGGGAGAGGGGAGACAUAGGUUGUGAGUAAUGUUUGUACUUCGGAUACGUUGUGCACACACCACUGCCAUCAGGAGGUUGGGGUCGGCGUUGACCACGGAAGACAGAGCGCCUGUGUCAGAGUCUUCUGACAGCAUAGCACUGGAUUGGCUAGCCGUAUAGCCACUGCCUCGGCUGUGGCUAGCACCCGUUGGCGUAGGCCCCUGGAGAAAGAAUUUAUUGACGUCGAAUGCGCGUAUUUCCUUUGCUUGGUUUUUUACGUGAUGCAGUGGUGGGAGACAGGCAAAGAGCCGUCGAAUAUCAUUCUUCUUCAAACCAUGUCCUUCUUUAAAUAUGCUUUUUUAUUUUACCAACAACGCGAUCGGCAUGCUUCACUAUGUUCAAGAGAAUAAUGAACUGCUACCUGACGGACGCAUGUGCGCAGUACCGUCCCAUACAGCUCUAAGUACUGCUGCCUCAUCCUGAUUUCAAACCAUUAGUUGUAUCUCGAAAGCACGUUAAAGUAGGAAAGGAGACAUGUUGACCCAAUUUAUCCAAGAAUAUAUCUGGGGGUAUAAUUAAUCUCCAAAGGGGCAGAUUUUUUGUUUCGCUCGGGCCAACUCUUCCCAAGCGAGUUAACUAGUUUAGUGGAGCCACUGCUGGCAGUAGUAGCUUUCACAUGCAACUGUUUAGAAACCGGUUACAGGAAGGUCUCAUCAAACAACUAGUAAAAAGUGUCGGAUGAAGUUAAAAUCUUAGGAAAUUAAAAAGGACAAAUGUGAGACUUCUGCAUUUCUUGAAACGUCUUUUUCAGCCUAUUUUUUCUUCAUCCCACAGGUCCUCUUUCUCUUUUUUGGCCGCAUUUGCUGUGCACUCAAGGACUUCCACUGGCUCGCUCAUUCUGUCGCACAGUUAUUUCUCCGGGCCCGCCUCUCCCCAAGCAGGCAGCCAAUCUCCCAUGUUCGCUUUUCGAAAGGACACCCCCCAUCGCUCUCUUCUUCUGUUUCGCCUACCGCUUUGUGAAUAA